ACGUGACCCUGAAGGUACAAAAUGUCAAGAGCACGACCAUAGCGGUGCGGGGCAACCUGCCCUCCUGGGAGCAGGACUUCAUGUUUGAGAUCAACCGGCUGGACUUGGGCCUGACUGUGGAGGUGUGGAACAAGGGGCUCAUCUGGGACACCAUGGUGGGCACGGUGUGGAUCCCCCUCCGGACCAUCAGGCAGUCCAAUGAGGAGGGCCCUGGGGAAUGGCUCACGCUCGACUCCCAGGUCAUCAUGACAGACAACGAGAUUUCAGGCACCAAGGAUCCGACUUUCCACCGCAUCCUCCUUGACACUCGCUUUGAGCUGCCGCUGGAUAUCCCUGAGGAGGAGGCCAGGUACUGGGCCAAGAAACUGGAGCAGCUCAAUGCAAUGCGGGACCAGGAUGAUUAUGCCUUCCAGGAGGAGCAGGAAAAGCCUCUGCCAGUGCAUGGCUCACAGUGCUGCAACUGGAAUUAUUUUGGCUGGGGAGAACAGCAGAAUGAUGACCCUGACAGUACUGUGGAUGACCGGGACAGUGACUACCGCAGCGAGACCAGCAACAGCAUCCCCCCACCCUACUACACCACGUCCCAGCCCAACGCCUCCGUGCACCAGUACCCCAUGAGGCAUCAGCAGCAGAGCUCCCGUGACUCCUACACUGACUCCAUGCAGAGCUACGAGAUGGACUACUCAGACCAGGCUCCCAUCAGACGCUAUGGUAGCGUAGACUCUGCCGCAAACGGACGCAGCGACGCUGAGUCCGGUUCUGAGUCGAGCAGGCGGACCAGCCGCCAGCCUUCCCUUGAGAGCAGGCGGUCCCUAGACCUAUCGGAUAGCCCCACAGGGAGCAGCCGCUACGCCUCCUCGGCCGAGCUGAGCCAGGGCAGCUCCCAGCUGAGCGAGGACUUCGAGAACGAGAGCCUGAGGGACUCGGAGCUGGACGAGAGGGACGGGGACUCCUACCACUCCUGCCACAGCUCCGUCAGCUACCGCAAGGACUCGCCACGCUGGGAGGAGGAGGAUGAUGAUGAUCUGUACCUGGAGGAGGAGGAGGAAGAGUUCAUUGAGGACUACAGUGAGACUGAGGAGGGCUACCCCAAGGAAGAGGAGUUGGAAGAGGAGGAGGAGGAACUGCGGGACCAGGACACCUAUGAGCCCCCUGAGCAUGAAACAUACCCACCACCACAGAAACCCCUGCCACAGCAGCAGCAGCAGCAGCAGCAGCAGCAGCAGCAGGUCCUGCAGCAGCAGCAACAGCAACAGCAGCAGCAACCCCAGCUGGUCCCACAGCAGAAGCCUCAGCAGCAGGAAAGGAAGGAGGAAAGGAAGGAGGAGAGGAAAGAGGAGAGGAAGGAGGAGAAGGACACUUCUGCCCCACAGGAAGCCCCUGAGGCCCUCCAGGCCCAGCAGGCAGAGGAGGAAGUUCCCAUGCAAGAGGCAGCCCCAGAGACUGAGCCCCCAAAACUGGCUGAGAGGGAGCCGGCAGAAGAGGAGGUGCAGGACCCCAAAGCACGAGCCAAAGCCAACUGGCUGAGAGCCUUCAACAAGGUCUGCAUGCAGCUGCAGGAGGCCCGCGGGGAAGGUGAUGGAGAAAAGUCCCUGUGGUUCAAAGGCGGGCCUGGUGGUGGGCUGAUCAUUAUAGACAGCAUGCCGGACAUUCGCAAGCGAAAACCCAUCCCCCUAGUUAGCGAUUUGGCCAUGUCCCUGGUCCAGUCCAGGAAAGCAGGAAUCACGUCUGCACUGGCCUCAAGCACCUUGAACAAUGAGGAGCUGAAAAACCAUGUUUACAAGAAGACCCUGCAAGCCUUAGUGUACCCCAUCUCCUGCACAACGCCCCACAACUUCGAGGUGUGGACGGCCACCACCCCCACCUACUGCUACGAGUGUGAGGGGCUGCUGUGGGGCAUCGCCCGGCAGGGCAUGCGCUGCGCCGAGUGCGGCGUCAAGUGCCACGAGAAGUGCCAGGACCUGCUCAACGCCGACUGCCUGCAGAGGGCGGCGGAGAAGAGCUCCAAGCAUGGAGCAGAGGACCGGACCCAGAACAUCAUCAUGGUGCUCAAGGACCGCAUGAAGAUCCGGGAGCGCAACAAACCAGAGAUAUUUGAGCUGAUCCAGGAGGUGUUUGGGGUCAACAAGACCACACACACACAGCAGAUGAAGGCAGUCAAGCAGAGUGUCCUGGAUGGCACCUCCAAAUGGUCAGCCAAGAUCAGCAUCACGGUGGUCUGUGCCCAGGGCCUGCAAGCAAAGGAUAAGACAGGUUCCAGUGACCCCUAUGUCACUGUCCAGGUUGGAAAGACAAAAAAAAGGACUAAAACUAUCUACGGCAAUCUCAAUCCAGUCUGGGAGGAGAAUUUCCAUUUCGAGUGCCAUAACUCCUCUGACCGCAUCAAGGUCCGUGUGUGGGACGAGGAUGAUGACAUCAAGUCCCGUGUCAAGCAGCGCUUCAAGAGGGAAUCUGAUGACUUCCUGGGCCAGACCAUCAUCGAGGUCCGGACCCUGAGCGGGGAGAUGGACGUCUGGUACAACCUCGACAAGCGCACAGACAAGUCAGCAGUGUCGGGAGCCAUCCGGCUGCACAUCAGUGUGGAGAUCAAGGGCGAGGAGAAGGUGGCUCCCUACCAUGUUCAGUAUACCUGCCUGCAUGAGAACCUGUUCCACUUCGUGACGGAUUUGCAAAACAACGGGGUGGUGAAAAUCCCUGAUGCCAAAGGGGAUGAUGCAUGGAAGGUGUACUUUGAUGAGACAGCACAGGAGAUCGUGGAUGAGUUUGCCAUGCGCUAUGGGGUGGAGUCCAUCUACCAGGCCAUGACGCAUUUUGCCUGCCUCUCCUCCAAGUACAUGUGUCCCGGUGUGCCGGCGGUGAUGAGCACCCUGCUGGCCAACAUCAACGCUUACUAUGCCCACACCACCGCCUCCAGCAACGCCAACGCCUCCGACCGCUUUGCCGCCUCCAAUUUCGGGAAAGAUCGCUUUGUCAAACUCCUGGACCAGCUGCACAACUCCCUGCGCAUCGACCUCUCCAUGUACCGGAACAACUUCCCUGCCAGCAGCCCAGAACGGCUGCAGGACUUGAAGUCCACAGUGGAUUUGCUGACCAGCAUCACCUUCUUUCGGAUGAAGGUCCAGGAGCUGCAGAGCCCCCCACGGGCCAGCCAGGUGGUGAAGGACUGUGUGAAGGCCUGUCUCAACUCCACCUAUGAGUACAUCUUCAACAACUGCCACGAGCUCUACAGCCGCGAGUACCAGACAGACCCGACCAAGAAAGGCGAGGUGCCCCCUGAGGAGCAGGGUCCCAGCAUCAAAAACCUGGAUUUCUGGUCCAAGCUCAUCACCCUGAUUGUCUCCAUUAUCGAGGAAGACAAGAACUCCUACACGCCCUGCCUGAACCAGUUCCCCCAGGAACUGAAUGUGGGGAAGAUCAGCGCUGAGGUGAUGUGGAACCUCUUUGCUCAGGACAUGAAGUAUGCGAUGGAGGAGCACGAGAAGCACCGGCUGUGCAAGAGCGCAGACUACAUGAACCUGCACUUCAAGGUGAAGUGGCUGUACAACGAGUACGUCACCGAGCUGCCCUCCUUCAAGAGCCGUGUGCCCGAGUACCCUGCCUGGUUCGAGCCUUUUGUCAUCCAGUGGCUGGAUGAGAACGAAGAGGUGUCACGGGAUUUCCUGCACGGAGCACUGGAGCGGGACAAGAAGGAUGGGUUCCAGCAGACCUCGGAGCAUGCGCUCUUCUCCUGCUCUGUGGUGGAUGUUUUCUCCCAGCUCAACCAGAGCUUUGAGAUCAUCAAGAAGCUGGAGUGCCCCGAUCCCCAGAUUGUGGGGCACUACAUGCGGCGGUUUGCCAAGACCAUCAGCAAUGUGCUGCUCCAGUAUGCUGAGAUCAUCUCCAAGGAUUUUGCCUCGUACUGCUCCAAGGAGAAAGAGAAAGUGCCCUGCAUCCUGAUGAACAACAUCCAGCAGCUCCGUGUCCAGCUUGAGAAGAUGUUUGAAGCCAUGGGUGGGAAGGAUCUGGACACAGAAGCCAGUGAUAUCCUCAAGGAACUGCAGGUGAAACUUAACAAUGUCCUGGAUGAUCUGAGCCGAGUCUUUGCCACCAGUUUCCAGCCACACAUUGAGGAGUGUGUGAAGCAGAUGGGUGACAUCCUGAGCCAGGUGAAGGGCACCGGCAACGUCCCCGCCAGCACCUGCAGCAGCGUCGCGCAGGACGCUGACAAUGUCCUGCAGCCCAUCAUGGACCUGCUGGACAGCAACCUGACGCUCUUUGCCAAGAUCUGCGAGAAGACGGUGCUGAAGCGGGUGCUGAAGGAGCUCUGGAAGCUGGUGAUGAACACCAUGGAGAAGACCAUCGUCCUACCCCCACUCACGGACCAGACGGGCACACAGAUGAUUUUCAACGCGGCCAAGGAGCUGGGGCAGCUUUCCAAGCUGAAGGACCACAUGGUGCGUGAGGAAGCUAAGAGCCUGACCCCGAAGCAGUGUGCUGUGGUGGAGCUGGCACUGGACACCAUCAAGCAAUAUUUCCAUGCCGGUGGCGUGGGGCUGAAGAAAACCUUCCUGGAGAAGAGCCCUGACCUGCAGUCACUGCGCUACGCCCUGUCCCUCUACACCCAGGCCACUGAUCUCCUCAUCAAAACCUUCGUGCAGACCCAGUCGUCGCAGGGCUCUGGUGUGGAUGACCCCGUUGGGGAGGUGUCUAUCCACGUGGAGCUCUUGACCCACCCCAGCAGUGGCGAGCACAAAGUCACCGUCAAAGUGGUGGCUGCCAAUGACCUCAAGUGGCAGACCUCGGGCAUCUUCCGGCCCUUCAUCGAGGUCAACAUCAUCGGGCCCCACCUCAGUGACAAGAAGAGAAAAUUUGCCACCAAAUCCAAGAACAACAGCUGGGCCCCCAAGUACAACGAGAGCUUCCAGUUCACGCUGGGGACCGAGACAGGCCCCGAGUGCUACGAGCUGCAGGUGUGUGUGAAGGAUUACUGCUUCGCCCGGGAGGACCGCACCGUGGGCAUCGCCGUGCUGCAGCUCCGGGACAUCCUGCAGCGCCCCGGCUGCGCCUGCUGGCUGCCCCUGGGCCGCCGCAUCCACAUGGACGACACCGGGCUCACCGUGCUCCGCAUCCUCUCCCAGCGCAACAACGACGAGGUGGCCAAGGAGUUUGUCAAGCUCAAGUCGGACACGCGCUCGGCCGAGGAGGGCAGCAGUUAAAGCCCCUUGGCCCCCCAGCCCUCGCUCCCCGCUCCCGGCCCCCUGACAGAAUCCUCUAGCCCUGGAUAAGCCAUAGGAGUGGCCACAGAGGAGUCGCUGCCCCGGCCCUGGGGAGGGGGUGCUGUGGCUGCAGUGACAGACCCUCCCAUCCCUCCCAUCCCUCCCUGGCCACGCUGGCUCAGUGCCAGCCGUGCCGAGCCCAGCCAGGCUGGGGUUGGGCAGGCUGCGGGGAAGGGCUGGAGCCGAGCCUGGGUGAGGGGAGCAAUCCGCCCUUCCCCAGCCUGUCUGAGACGGAGGAACCCCAGUGGCCCAACCCUGAUCCUCCACUGUCCCACCCAGCCCCAAACCUCACCGAGUGCCACAAGGAAAGGGCUGUGGAGGGUGUGUGUGUCGUGCCAUGUGUGGGUGGUGGUGAGUGGCUGGCACAGUGUGAUGGCCCCUUGUCCCCAUCCCUGAGCGUCGUGGUGUGUCCUGAGGGCAGGGCAGGUGCCAGCCCCGAGCACAUCUGUGUACAUAUGUAAAUAGCUGUACAUACAGGGCAGCUGGACAGGCUGUGUCCUGCACCCGGAAGGGCUAUUGGGGCUGUUGGGUUGGCGGGUGCAGCCCCCACAGGCCCUGCACAGGGUCCCCUCCCUGGCUGGCAGCAGCAUCACCAGGGUCGGGAGCAGCCCCCGGCCCAUAUCCUGUCUUCCCUGCCUUGCUGCCACCGUGGGCGACCCCACUGCCCCCCACAAGGUGCCAGGGCUUGGGGAGGCAGGGGCUGGGGGCACCAGAGCAGAGGGGCUCAUUCCUCUUUGCUCUGGCCGGUGGGGACCAGCCUCCCUGAGCAGUGCAGCCCAUGGGAUCUCCUUGGCGCGAGCAAAACCCUUCCCAUCCCAGCCCAGAGUAGCCCUCCCUCCAGCCCCCCAGUAAGCACCAGUUCUGUGCCCCCAGUUCCCCAGUGAGCACCAUUUCUGUGUGCCAAGUGGUGUGCAUGUCUCGUGUGAGUGCCUGGGAGGCCUGGGUGUGUGGUGUUGGGGUGGCCACCCCAGCUGGCCAGUUUGCCCUGAGUCCUGGGGCAGACAGAGGCCUAAUGACCCCACAAGUCAAUACAGCUCUCUCAGCCCCCUCCCGUCCCAAAACAGGGUACCCCCGCUGGCCCCCACGCUCCUUUGUCAAGAGGGUUUGCCUGGGACCAAAGGGUUUCACUUUUCUCUCGUUUCUGUUCAAUGUUUACACCCUUUUUCUACCGGCUGCCCCUGCACAGCCAGGCUGGGGCUCGGCCCCGCAGCCCAACCGUGGUGCCCCCGGGCCUGUGCCCCUCCCCAGACUGUCCUGUUUGGCAUGUGAUUGACCUGACCAGUUCUGCUCCUGUAGCACAGUGUCACCGAUGCCUGUGUGUCUGUCCCGCCCACGGCGGCGGCUCCCAUGGAUGCAUGACAGUGAGAUGUUUUGCACUAUUUUGAAUUUUUUGGGCUCUGUAAAAAUAUUUUAUUAUUACUGACAUUAAAAAGCACACCCUUCA